AUGAGCGGCUCGAUAAACAGUUAUUACGCGAUAAAUCGGAUUCUGUUGUUAUCUGUCGGCCUGUGGCCGUAUCAGAGGACCGGUCUCAGACGCGUUCUGAUAACACUUAUAACCAUAGUGCUCAUAUCGAGCAUAGUGUGUCAGUUCACGACCUUCAUCACGACGCAGGUCGACAUGGAUCUUUUUCUCAAGAUCGUAGCGUACAGUAUUCCGUGGCUCUCUUUCACAGUAAAAUACAAUGUUCUUUGCUUGAACAUAGAGAAGAUGCGAAAUCUUAUGGACCGGGUGCGGUAUGACUGGAGCGCGCUGAAUGACGCGCGGGAGAUCGAAAUAAUAAAGAGUUAUUCGGCCAUGGGAAGGUUCAUCACACUGCUGUCCAUACUGCUCAUCUACAUGUCGAUGCUCGGAUUCUUUCUGCUGCAGCUCGUGUUCAAUUUUGUUCUGUACUCGGCAACGGCCGCGAACGAAUCUCGACCGCGAGAACUGCCGGCCGUGACCGAGUACUUUGUGGAUCAGGAGCGAUACUUCGUGCCGAUCAUGUUGCACAUAUUCUGCAUCGUUCUGUGCGGUCUGACCACGAUGCUCGCCACCGAGACGAUUUACAUGUCCUACGCGCAUCACGCGUGCGGACUGUUCCGAAUAGCGAGUUGUCGCAUUGAACAAGCGUUGCACAAGAGCGUGGCGAAGGGUGUGGUGGCGGCAGCCGAGAGAAACUCCGCUACGUGUCGAGGAAUAAUCAGCGCGGUCGACAUACACAGGAAAGCAAUCGAGUUCAUCGAAAUGUCGAAGGCGAAUUUCACGAUCGCGUACUUUCUGGCGCUGCCGAUGACCGUCUUGUCGCUGAGCGUUAAUCUAUAUCGCACGCACAUCUACGUGUACAUACCAUAUCCUCUGUUGCAAUCGCCAUCUGUGCAGCUCUCUCGACUGAUAACGACCGACGAGUAUCACGAGAUAAUCCACAUCUUUCUCUUCGUCAUCGGUCACUUCUGGCACCUUUUCUUCUGCAACUAUCUGGGACAGAAGGUGAUCGAUCAUAGCGGCGAUGUAUUUCACAGAAUAUACAACGUGCGGUGGUACAUGGCACCUUUGAAAGUGCAGAAAUUAUUGCUGCUUGUGAUGCAAAGGAGCACGCGGAAUUGCACAAUCGUGAUUGGUGGCUUGUUCAUUCCGUCGUUAGAAGGAUUCGCCACGCUCGAAAAACAGUUAGAUAGCGUUAGCGUGAACGUAAGAAUGGCUGGAGGAAAAUAUCACUUUCAGUUCACGAGUUUCAUCACGAACGAGUUUAACGUGGACAUUCUUUUGCACGUUCUCGCGUACAGCGUACCAUGGAUGGGAUAUACAUUGAAAUAUAGCGUGUUUUGCUUCAACGUAAAGAAGAUGCGCGACCUCAUGGAACGUGUGCGAUGCGACUGGAACGAGUUCAGUAACGCUCAGGAAAUUGAAAUAAUAAAAAAAUACUCAGCUGUCGGAAAACUCAUGACAACAGGCGUAACUUGUAAGCAACACUUCCGAACAACAAUUUUUCCGAACUCGUAUAAAGACAUUCGUUUUGCCGUAGUGUUCAUGUACACGAGUAUAAGCUGCUUCGUCGUCGUGCAGAUAAUAUCGAAUUAUUUGUACGAUCUCGCAACGACAGCGAACGAAUCCCGUAUACGACGAAUUCCGAUCUUGGCCGAGUAUUUUGUGGAUCAGGAAAAGUAUUACUCUUUCAUUGUGAUGCACCUUUUUCUUCUGGCUCUGAGCGGACUUAGCACGCUGGUGGCCACCGAGACGCUUUUUAUGUCGUACAUGCAACACGCGUGCGGAUUGUUCGAAAUAGCCAAGUUUGUCGAUAUGGCGAUGACAAGUUUUAAGUGGGCGUACAUGAUGCUGUUGCCGUUAGGAGUGAUGUCGUUGAGCAUCAAUCUCUAUCGCUUUUCUUAUCUACUAAAGUCCGAAGAUUACUACGAGUUAAUCAUCUGCUCCAUGAUUAUUCUCGGUCAUUUCAUUUUUAUGCUUUUCUGCAACUAUAUAGGACAGAUAGUGAUCGACCAUAGCGGCAACAUGUUUGACAAAGCAUACGAAACACAAUGGUACAGAGCGUCGUUGAAGGUGCAGAAACUAAUAUGUAUUGUUAUGCAAAGAACGAUGCGACAAUACGUGCUCAUACUUGGUGGUUUGUUCAUUCCGUCGUUAGAGGGAUUUGCCGGGGUAUCAUGA